AUGAUUAAGAAGUUUUUUCAAAAUAAAACUGUUCCCGGUAGAGACGACUCCAGCAGCGACUCUGGUGAAUCUGAAUGUGUAUCCCCUGAAGAAGUCCGAGCAGCAACUGAAGACAGAUACUUCUUUCGUAAGCCUCUUGAUUUUGCACCCACAUCAUCCAACAUUUCUACCUCAAUGAAGGCAUCUCUGAAUGGACAGAAAAUGUUGCAAACCGAUAACUUCCAGAAAAUGGAAACCAAUGAAUCGCAAAUGAAAAGAUCUCGAAGCUUCUCUUUUCGUUUCAGACCCCACAGCAACUCCAUAUUCAAGGUGCCCAGAAGCAAGUCGGUUCAUUUUGCCGAGCAGGUGCAAGUUGCAGAUGUCAAUACUAGCGAACCACCAAGAUCCAAAGUUAUAAACUCUUCUUCUCCUGACAUCCCCAGUGAGGAGAAUCGCUCGUCGUCCUCUAUGUAUACUGAUGAAACCGCAGACUCUUCUGCUAGCGAGAAUACAAUGAAGAGAGUGGGAGAAUCAUUAGAAACUAUAUUUAAAAAGAGAUCUGACUCAACAGAUGAGAAUACUCGAAAUGAAAUAGUCACUGCAGAAGAUACCGAUAGUGGAGAUGAUAGUCACAACGAAACUUUCGAAGUUGGGAAGGUGGAAAUUAAACAAGUGACUCCAACGAUCACUUAUCUUUACAAAAUUUAUGAGCAUUUGUGUCACACACUCGAACUUCGGCCCCAAGUAGAAGAGUCAUUCACUAUGGAGCACCUUGAAACUGAUAUUCAUACUUGUAUUGAAGACCUUCAGGCGAACCUCAAGUCGACCACCGAGAUCAUGCAUGGCCUCAAGUCUAGAAUUAAAAGGCGAGAAGAAGAGAGUGCUGAACUCUUUUCAGAACUUGAAACUCUGAAGAAGCAAUUAAAUCUAUUGGAGGAAACCGUUUACCUGCUCAGAAACGAGAUCAUGCAGUUAAAGGAAAACAAGAUGGAUUCCGACGAAUGUGAGCAGAUGCACCAAGAGUUGUCAAAAGCAUAUCAAGAAAUCGAUAAGAUUGUCUCGUGCUAUGAAAAAGAAUUGUCAGAAUGCAAAACUAAUUUGCUGUCAAGGGCUAAAGAGAUCAUUCUCAUUAAGGAGAACAACAGCAAGGAAGAGAGUGCCCUUCGUUCUCAAUACGAUGACGCAAUGAAACGUUGUAACGAGAUGGAGAAAUCCUUGCAUGCCACAAAUACCAACAAAACGGAAUUGAAAGAAAUCAAAUCCUUGCAUCAAAGAAACGAGAGAGAGUUUGAACUUCAGAUAGGCCAAUUGCAACGAGAGGUGAAAGACUUGAAUGAUCGGCUUGAAGAAAGUGAGAAGCAAAAUCACAAACUUGAGAGAGAGAAAGACAAAAUGACAAGCGACUUAAAUGGAGAAAUCAGUUUGAUGAGAAGUAAAUUGAAUCAAGAUUUGAGUACUGGUGUUCAAUUACAAGAGGCCAAUCGUAUGCUCAAAACAAGCCUCGAAGAAAAAAUACAGGAGUACGAUCUAAGUGAGAAUCAGAAUCUCCUGCUCCGCAGCCAAAUUAAGAAACUUCAAAGAGAUUUAGAUGAUCAAAACAACAACCAUUCUAAACAUUUUGAUGAAGCUUUGUUGGCAGAGUAUGAUAAGGUCAAAAAAUUUCAAAUCAGCAACACUGCACUCAGAAGCCAAGUUCUAGAACUCGAAGCUCAAGUAGCCAAAGGAACCUCGCAAUUACGAAAUUGUCAACUUACCAUUUCCAAACUCCAACUGGAAAUGAAAACAGCGGUUCUCAAGGAAAAAGCUCGUGUUCAAGACUACCAAGCAGUCCAUAACUCCAACACUUUUGUAGUGGGAGUAUUGAGAAAAUACAUGAAGACAACGUUUGAGAUUUUGGCACCCAUGUUCCAUCACAGCUCAGCUGAUGAAUUCACACAAGUUUUUUACGAGUAUUCAAGGGUUCAAAUCUUUGAUGUAACGCAUCAUAGCAUGGUAACUCUUCUUUUAGCUUUUCUCCUAGCUGCUGUUCGCGAUAUUGUCAGAGAGUACAUGAGAGUGGAACGGCUGCUAGAAGCAGAAAUUGGCAAUAGACAGAACUACCAAAAGGAGGUCCUACAAAUGUUUUCAAAGAUUCUCAGACUACUCGUCGACACAGGCAAAUUGCAUGGUAUUGAAAGCAAUCGUUCUUCAGUUCGAAGACCAAUCACAACAAAAAAAUCAAAGAAAGAGUUAACUAAGUAUUCUCCUUAUAGGUAG